AUGGAGCGCCGUGAAGUUUACACAACUCAACAACCCGAUGGAACCUACGUCACGACAACUACCCGUGAGCAAACCAAAUUCAAAGAGCACAGUGUUUGGUCGUGUGCCAGAGGUCCGACCGACAAAUAUUAUUGUAUGGGACCGCAUGGAAUUUUGAGGAUUAUUGAGAUUGUCAGUUUCUUUUUUGGGGCUGGAGUUUGGAAGAAAAUUCAGAUGAUAAAAAGCCACGUGGAUUUUAGAUUUCAGAAAAAAUUAAAGUUUUCAAGAUGUCUGAACUUUUCAAAGAUUUUUUGAAAAAAAAUUCUGAGCUACAGUAACCCUUGCAGCUCGGAAGUUCAGAAUUACAGUACUUCUUGCAGUUCAAAAAAAAUUCCAGUAAAAUCCAGAGCUACAGUAACCCGUUGCAGUUCGAAAAAAUCCAGUAAAAUUCAGAGCUACAGUAAUCCUUACAGUUCAAAAAAAUAAUCCAGUAAAAUUCAGAACUACAGUAACCUUUGCAGCUCGAAAUUCAAGAACUACAGUAACCCGUUGCAGUUCGAAAAAAUCCAGUAAAAUUCAGAGCUACAGUAAUCCUUACAGUUCAAAAAAAUAAUCCUUUAAAAAUACAGAGCUACAGUAACCCUUGCAGCUCGAAAUUCAAGAACUACAGUAACCCGUUGCAGUUCGAAGAAAAACCCCAGUAAAGUCUAGAACUACAGUAACCUUUGCAGCUCGAAAUAAUACAGAACUACAGUAAUCCUUUUGCUUCCAAAAAUCCUAGAAAAUCCAGAGCUACAGUAAUCCUUGCAGUUUGGAGCUCCAGAACUACAGUACUUCUUGCAGUUCGAAAAAAUCAUAUAAAAACUUCAGAAAAAUGUCUCAAAAAUCCACGUGGCUACAUAGAUUUGCAGGAAUUUUCACUAAAAUUUUCCCAAUCCCACAUUUUUGCAGUUCCUGUGCAUCGUCAUCGUGUGCUUGAUCGUGUCAGUUUUUGGUCCGGGACCAUUCAAAGGUGUCCUUUUCGGUCAAACAAUUCUACUGAUUGUCGCCAGCGUCGCCAUGCUUCUCACCUUCAUUUUCCUCAUCGCCUACUUUUUCACACUUCAUUUGAGCCAUUUGGACUUUUUCUGUUGGAGAGAGGCGGUGAGCACGAAUUUUACAAAUUUUGAAAAAAAAAAUAAAAUUCAAAUUUGCAUGCAGUUUGCACACUGUUCAAUAGAGCAACUUUGCUCUUGAAAAAAAUUUUUGUGCAUUUUUGCGUCACGUUGCUUACAGUACCUCUUGCAGUUGGAAAAUAUUCUAAUACAGUAAUCCUUGCAAUUCCGAAAUUUCUACAAAAUCUAGGGUUACAGUACUCCUUGCAGUUCUACCAAUUCCCAAUACAGUAACCCUUGCAGUUUGAAAAAACCUAGGGAACUAGAAAAUCAGUUAUUUUUGCAGUUCGAAAAAGUCUAGAGAAUUCAAAGCUACAGUACUCCUUGCAGUUCGAAAAACUCCUGAAAAAUUCAAAAUUACAGUAGAAUUUGUAUUGAAAAAAUCGCUUGAUACAGUAAUCCUUGCAGUUCGAAAAAAUCUAGCUCUACAGUACUCCUUGCAGUUCGAAAAAACCUAGCAAACUGCAAAAUCAGUCAUUUUCGAUACAGAAAAUGUCAAAAAACUAUAUUUUUCCUAAUUUUUGAUAUUUUUUCUGCAGCGAAAAUAAAAAAACAAAUAGGAAAAAAUUUAAAAAAAAGUUUUUUUUCAAAAAAAUUUGGUUUUUUGACAUUUGCUGAACCAAAAUUUUUCGUAAAAAUUUUAUUUUUUUAAAGUUUUUUUUCGACCUGAAUCACCCUAUAAAAAAAUCACACAUUUUUCCGAAUAAAAAAAAUUUAAUUUCAAAAAAAUUAUUUAGCCACGUGGCAAUAACUUUUAGAAUCCAGAAAAAAAUGAAAAAUAAAUGUUUUCUCGUGAAAUAAAUUCUGGCGCGAAUUUUUUUGAAUUCAAAAUUUCCUCUCUUGCCACGUGACACCUGAAUCACCACUUUAAAGACACAAGAAACACUGGAAAAAAACAGAUUGCUGUAUUUUCAAACGACAAAACCAGCAUGUGCGCUCUAGCGACACACUAUGUGCAAACACUUUCGAAAUUUCCGUCGGCUGAGCGAUUUCAAAAACAAUUAUUUUAUUUUUUCACUUUUUUUUCACAAUAAAUCUCCCCCAAUUCCAGGAUCUUCUAUUCAACGUAACUUGCUCAAUCCUUUUCUUCAUUCUUUCAUUCAUCGAAGCCUAUUAUUCCACGGGAUCUUGGUCAAAUAAUUGCAAUGAUAUGGGAUCCGAUGGUUUCAUUCACAAUGGAUGUCGAAUUGUUUAUGAGUGGGCAUUUGCAGCUGUAAGUUUUCUUGUUAGUUUUUGCUCCGAAAUCCAUUUUUGUUGCAGUUCCUCACCUUCAUUCUCGCCAUUUUCUACGCUCUCUCCGCCUUCUUCUCAUACCGCAAUCGCCAUUCUUUGCACAAUGUUCGAGAGGAGAUUUAUUGA